AUGUCCAAGGAUAUCGAAGCCAGCAUGCCCGCGUUGGCUCAGCGCGAGUCGUCUUCGUCGGCCGACGACGAGGUCAAGCACGCCACGUCGCACGACGGUAUCACCUCGUCCGAGGAAGUACCCUUGCCUGGUUUCAUCGACACGUUCCUUGGACGCGAUCGCAAGGCGCUUCAGAAGGAUCCGAUCGUGUGGAAUCAAGGCCCUGGUGGCUUUUUCGCCUCGCUCAGCCAUCGCACCAAGGGCGUCUUCACCCGAAGAUUUAUGUGAGUCACCUGAACGAGCGCUAAUUUACUAAUUCUUUUGCUGUUGCUUCAUGAUACUGACAUGUGCAUUACACGUCUGCCUUGACUCGCGUCCGCCCGCGCAGAUUGUGCCUGGUCGCCGGUCAAACCCUGUCCUUAGCCAUCACUGGUACUUCGGUUCUCACGACCGAGUUGGGAAUGCACGGCUGGAGCGUGCGUCACAUGAUGUGUUCAUAGUCUCGCACGAGGUUAAUACUGAGCCCUUCUCUCGUCUCUCCACUGCAGAUGCCGACGUUCCAAACCUUCUUCCUUUACUUCUUUCUCAACCUCAUCUACACGCCCUACACCAUCCACCGCUACGGCUUCAAAGCUUGGGGCAAGAUGCUCGUCACUGAUGGCUGGAAGUACUUAUUGCUCGCGGCCAUUGACGUCGAGGCCAAUUUUCUUGUCGUUAAGGCUUACGGGUUAGUGACUCGGGAUCAAGAGACUCUUCGGCGCUCCGAAACUGAAUCGGCUUCCUGGCUACGCUUCCUGGCUACCCCCGUCCACAGCUACACCGAUCUCUUGUCGUGCAUGCUUUUGGAUGCUUGGUACGUACUCUUGCACGACGUCUAUCGCGGCUGCACCCUUGCUGAACCAAUGUUCCUCCCGACGUUCACAGGGCCACUCCCGCUUGCAUGAUCUUUGCAUUCUUCUUCGUCAAGGCUCGUUACCACUGGUCUCAAAUUGUUGCUGUACUCAUUUGCAUCCUCGGUCUCGGUCUCCUCGUUACUUCUGACAACAUCACGGACAAGAACUACCCUGCCAACAACAGGGUCCUCGGUGACAUCCUUAUGGUACGUCGGAAAAUUUUGAGUCACAAGUGCGCACAUCACGCUAACGAGUCUAUGGCAUGGAACCUACAGUUGAUCGGUGCUACUGGGUACGGUCUCUCCAAUUCGCUCGAGGAAUUCUUCGUGCGCCAACGCCCUCUCUACGAAGUCGUCGGCCAGAUGGGUUUCUGGGGCAGCAUCAUCAACGCGAUCCAAGGCGCCGCGCUCGAACACCACCUGUUUCACACCUCGUCCUGGUCCGGCCGCAACAUCGGCUACCUCGUUGGCUACACGUGCUGCAUGCUCUACCUCUACUCGACCGCUCCGGUCCUGUACCGUCUUGCCUCGUCGCCGUUCUACAACAUCUCGUUGCUCUCGUCCGAUUUCUACGGCCUCUGCUUCGGUUUGGCCUUAUUCGGUUACUCGCCGUACUGGUUGUACUUCGUCGCGUACGCGCUCGUGCUUAUCGGUCUGGUCGCUUACUUCUGGGUCGCGCGUCCCGAAGCGACUCGCAUGAACGUCGUCUCGCGUGGCAAGCAGGCCGACCGUGAGGAGAUCGCAGGCGUGCGAAAGGUCCUCGGUGACGAGAGGAUCUAA